AUUGCUAGGCAGAGACAGCUCCCUCCCAAGGCAGAAAGGAGGCCCACACGGAAGUCAUAGGCAACGCUCUGUUCACAUGCAACCUCAGGCAGAGUAACAACACUGCAACGAAACCCUGAAACUUUGGGAGACUCUCAGCUUGUCCUCAGCCCGACAGACAGAUCAGAGAAAAAGGAGAGCAGGAGGAAGAGAAAGAUUCCAAUUCACCAUGCAGGAGGAAAUCCUGUUGACUCCCUGGAGAAGUUUUCCUUUUGAAGACUCAGACCCAUUUGCCCUCAUGGAUGAAGAGAAGUGGGAUUUCGUCCUCGUGAGUGACAUCCAUCAAAUGGGCAGUGACAAAGAGGUCAAGAGGAAGAAGUUCCUGGAUGAGCUGAGCAAGAAGGGGUUCACCAUCAAGAAAAUUGAGGACAAGAAGCUAUUUUAUGGGGUCCGUGCCCCAAAACACUUCUUCCGGAAAUACCAAUGGCUCUUGAGGAACCCCGACAGCAGACUGCAAGACCUCAAUGCCCAGCAGGACAUACCAGUGACCACCAGGAUACGGAUCGUGAACUUCAUCUUGCAUAACACAGUGACACCCGACCUCGAGAAGCUGCAUGACCUGAUAAAGAAGAAUGUCUUUGAGGCAGCAUUUCCACUGCACGAGAAAGAAGAGGUAAGGGAAUUCCUGAAGGAGAAGUGGGCCCGCUGGAGAGAUAUAUUUUGCCAACAGCCAAUUGAGAAGAUCAGAUGCUAUUUUGGUGAGAAGGUGGCCCUCUACUUUGCCUGGCUUGGCUGGUACACCUACUUGCUGGGAUUCGCUGCGGCGGUUGGACUGGUGGUCUUUGUGGCUGGGAUUACUGUUUUCAAUUCCAGUCAGGUGAGCAAGGAGAUCUGUGAAGCCAACGACACCAUCAUGUGCCCACUCUGUGACCAGAAGUGCCCAUUCUGGCUGCUCGCUGACACCUGCACUUAUGCCAGGGUCACUCACAUGAUUGACAACGAAGGGACAGUUGUGUUUGCCAUGUUCAUGGCAAUCUGGGCUACUGUGUUCCUCGAGUUGUGGAAGAGGCAGAGAGCCCAAGUGGUCACCAACUGGAAGCUGUAUGGGUGGGAUGAGGAUGAGGAGGAGCUGGCUAUGGAGCUGAUCAACAAUUUGCAGCAUGAACCUCGGCGGUAUCGGCACUCUUACAUGCGCAGCACCAUUGUGCUCCUUUUGGUUCUGCUCAUGAUUGUUGUACUGAUUGGCAUCGCCCAUGCACUUGUCAUUUAUCGAGUGGUCGCCACAGCUCUCUUCACCCAGAGUGACUCCGAGUUCUUCCGUGAGCAGGCUAACUUGGUGGCAGUGAUGACAGGGGCCGUGCUGCACUACAUCACCAUUGUCGUCAUGACCAAGGUGCAGAUUGCAGCAUGGGGUGGGCAGUGGGUCUUGCCCUUUUCCAUCAUCAAUUCUCCCUUCUUGUUUUACACUUCUCUCCUGCAGAUCAACAGGCGCGUGGCCCUCUUUCUCUGUGACCUGGAGAAACCACGGACCUUCUCCCAGCGUGAGAACAACUUUACCAUAAAGAUCUUCAUCUUCCAGUUUUUGACGAACUUUUCUUCACUCAUCUACAUUGCUUUCUUUCUGGGGAGGAUCAAUGGCCACCCAGGGAACUACGUGCGCAUUGCUGGCAAGUGGAGGCUGGAGGAGUGCCACCCCAGUGGCUGCAUCACUGACCUCUUCAUCCAGAUGGCCAUCAUCAUGAUGCUCAAGCAAACCAUCAGCAAUGUGGUGGAGUACCUUGUCCCCUGGCUAGCCCACAAAAUGCGCAAGAGGCAGAAGCGCCCCAAGGAGAAACACCUGGUGUUGGGGGAGGAGGAGGAGGCUGAAGACCCCUGCAAAAAGCAGUGGCUCAGCAACUAUCAACUCAACGAGGUCAACAUCUUCAGCUUGUUUGAUGAAUUCUUGGAGAUGGUGAUCCAGUACAGCUUCACCACCAUUUUUGUUGCUGCCUUUCCCCUGGCCCCAUUGCUGGCAUUCUUCAACAACCUCUUCGAGAUCCGCCUGGAUGCCAUCAAGAUGAUGCGGCUGCGCCGACGCAUGGUGCCCAGGAAGGCCAAUGACAUUGGAAUUUGGGUGCAGGUCCUGGAAGCCAUCGGAAUCCUGGCUGUCAUUGGGAAUGGACUGGUGAUUGCCAUCACAUCUGACUUCAUCCCCGUGCAGGUCUACAAGUACACAUACAGCCCCUGCAUGAAAGAAAACAACACUGCUGUUGACUGCUUGACUGGCUACAUCAACCACAGCCUCUCUGUCUUCCACAUCGAGCACUUCGAGCCAGACACAAAUCUGGGCAUAGAGACCAUAGAUUUGGUCAAGAAUGGAACUACAUUGUGCAGGUACCGGGAUUACAGGAAUGAUGAGGACUACAGCUACACUGUCCAGUUCUGGCAUGUCUUUGCAGCCCGGCUUGCCUUCCUCAUCCUCUUUGAGCAUGUGGCUCUGUGCGUCAAACUGAUUGCAGCCUGGUACGUCCCUGAUGUGCCCUUGUCAGUUAAGAAUCAUCUUCUGGAUGAAAAGCACAACAACCUUCGGAAAGAACUGAGCAUGAUGGAGUAUUCCACUGAGGUGUAGCCUCCUCUCAUGGAAGAAAGUGAAACACGGACUUGAGCCCCUCUCCCCAGCCUGCCAGCGCAGCCAAAGAGACAGUCAUGUGCUCUGGCUGUCACCAAGCAUGGACUUGAACUGGGGAGUGAUGAAGUGACAGCAGCUUCACAGGAGCAAGAUGCUUAUGACUGGUACAGCCAUAAGGAGGAAGGAAGUGGCAGCAGAGAUGGGAAUAGUGUCUUCCCAGCAUGCUCAGCAGCUGGGGAAGGGCUUUGGCAGAAUGGAGCCAGGCUCCUCCACAGUGCUCAGCUCCACGCAGAGACCUCAGCAUGUUUGGCAGCAUCCAGCCAUCACUGGGUGAGCAUGACACUGGCCUGCAGGAGGUGACCCGGCUUCCAUGUCAGUCAUUGCCUUCACGUGCCAUAUGGCAUCAUGGGAAAAAGUGGCUACCUCACUCCAGGUUCCCACUCCAGCUCUUCCUUGCACUUUGGUCCCUUCUUCCUCUGCUUUCAGUGACCUUCCUGCUCUCACACUGUCAAGAAGAUUCAGUCCUUCCUCUUCCACAACAGCCAGUACAAUCUGCCUCGCAGCACGACUACUGCAUUGCUGUGGUUCCAAACCAUCCUUUUCCCAAUCUUCAGUAAAUCUCACUUGUUAUUCUGACUGUCUUUUGCACAGGGCCCUACCAUGCCCCUGCAUCUGCUUUAACUCAAAUAUAUACCCAACUCAACUACAAGGAAAAUGGUCAAUAAACACAGUGACUGUACAAACUCAAGCAGACGGACCCUCAGCCACCAACAGUCACUGUAUUCACAUUGCUGUCUUUCCUGCCUCUCCUUUGCUAUCCACUGCACCGAAAGAUCAUUCACUCCCACCUCUUUUAUCUUCACAUGGAUAAUGAAAAAAAGGCUGGAGCAUAAGCAUUUGUCCUUAGCACAGUGAGGUGGAAGGGGUGCUGGCUAGUGGCAGAAUUAAAGGAAAUUGACAUGUUGACCAUG